AUGGAUCAGAAACGACAUAUUAGUGGAGCACAAGCGAGAAAUUGUGUUGAAGAUAAUAAACUAGAAUCUUCAAAUGAUAUAACUAUUACUAAUAAUUGUUCUACUACUUCUACUUCUAUUCAAUGUACUGCGUCUUCUUCAGAUCAAUCAGUUGUUGAUAUAAAUGAGGAAUCAGAAAAAUCUGAGCUAAAUGUCAUUCCUAAUCCUCUUACGCAGAAUAAUACAAAUAAUUUUAAAGAUCCAGCAGAUUGGACAAAUAGUAAUAUAUGUCUAAAUCAAUCUUUACGAAAAAUCGAAAAAAACGGAGAAAAUGUUUCACGGAAAUGGCUUGUUUAUUCAAUUUCAAAAUUUGUAUUAUUUUGUGCUCCAUGCAAAUUAUUUGGAUGCAGUACUCAACUGGGAGAUGCUGGAUUUAAUGAUUGGAAAAAUGGACAUUUAGUUAUUUCCAGGCACGAAAAUUCUUUGGCACAUAAAAAUAAUACAUUAAGUUUUAUUACAUUACAAAGUGAUGUAGGUAGAAUUGACACUCAAUUGGCAACACAAGUGACUGAUGAAAUUAAUUACUGGAAAGCUGUUCUUCAUCGAGUUGUUGAAGUAAUUAAAUUUCUCGGUGCAAAAGGUUUAUCAUUCAGAGGUGAUAAUGAACAAUUUAACAAAAUUAACAAUGGGAACUUUUUGGGAACGUUAGAGUUACUUGCUAAAUUUGACCCUUUUAUUGCUCAACAUAUAGAAAAAUAUGGGAAUAGAGGGAAAGGAACUCCGUCUUAUUUAUCAUCCACAAUCUAUGAAGAACUUUUACUUUUGAUGAAGAAUGAUAUAAUUAAAAUUAUAUUAAAAGAAUUAAAAGCAGCCAAGUAUUAUUCUUUAAUUGUUGAUUCUACACCUGAUAUAGCAAACAUCGAUCAACUUGUUAUUGCAUUAAGAUAUGUUUUACCUAGUGGUGUACCUGCAGAAAGAUUUUUAAUAUUCAUUCCAAACAGUGGUCAUAAAUCUAAAGAAAUGAGCAAUGUUGUAAUGGAUUUUCUUAAUUCACACAAUAUACCAAUUGAAAAUUGUCGUGGCCAGAGCUACGACAAUGCGAGGAAUAUGUCAGGUCAGUAUUCUGGAUUGCAGUCAAGAAUUAAAAGUUUUAAUUCAUUUGCAGAUGUAAAAAAUUUAUCAGUAACUCGCUGGAGUGCUCGUUUUGAUUCUUGCCAUGCUUUAUUUAAUUCUUAUGCAUUUAUAAUUGAAGCUUUGCAUAGUAUAGUUGAUAAUCAGAAAGAAAAAACUGUAUAUAAAGUAGAAGCUAAUGGGUUGCUUGCAAGAUUAAAAUCUUUAGAAACUGGUUUAAUGAUAUGCAUAUGGAAUUCAAUAUUAAACAGUUUUAAUGCUACAAAUAAAAAAUUACAAUCAACUGACAUUGAUCUUCAUACAGUAUUAGAACUAUAUAAUGGCCUUGAAAAUUACUUGGUACAGAUCAGAGAUGAUUUUGAUGUUUUUGAAAAUAAGGCUGUAGAAAUUACUGGUUGUUCGGAGUAUACCAAAGAUUCCAAGAGAAAAAAAAAGAGAAAGGCUAUGGCUGAUGAAUCAAGAUCUCAACCUCUCACAGAAAUCACAGGGAAAAUAGAUUUUAUUAGAAAUGUAUAUUAUGUGAUAAUUGAUACUCUUAAAUGUCAACUUAGUUCAAGAAGACAAGCUUAUGAAAAAAUAUCAGAUAUUUAUGGGUGUAUACCCACAUUGUAUAAAACACCGAGUUCUAUUGUUAUAAGGAACACAUGUGGAACUUUGGCAAAAUAUUUUAUUGAUGAUGUUGAAAACUCAAGCUUACUUAUAGAUGAGUGUAUUCUUUUUUCAAAAUUAAUUUCCACGGAUAAAAAUGUAAAAUCUGUUCUCUCUAUGUAUAAGUACAUCAAGACUAAAGAAUUAGAGUGUAUGUUUCCAAAUUUAGAAAUAGUUAUGCGUAUGUACCUUAGUACAGCAGUUUCAAACUGCUCAGGCGAAAGAGCUUUUUCUGUACUUAAAAGAGUAAAAUCCUACUUGAGGUCAACCAUGAAGGAGGAAAGACUGAAUGCAUUAGCAAUAUUUAGCGUUGAAGCAGAAUUGGUUGAAAAAUUAGAUUUUAAUGAUACUAUUAACACAUUUGCCCAUCAAAAAGCAAGAAAAAAGAAAAGUAUAAAAUAA